CAACUGUGCUGUGUUGUUAUUGGCUCAAAACCGGAAAUGACGCAUUACCAGUCGGUGGCGGGAACGUGCUGUUUGCUGUAUUCAGAAUUUACCGCAUUGUCAUUCUUCAACGCUAAAGCAUUUAAACCUGAAAUAUAUCGUUAAAUUAACAGCCAAAUUACUUACGUAGUUCGUUGUUGUAUUUUUUUUUAUCAGAUAUCGGUUGGGUUAUGAGGCUGUCCUGAAGCUUUUAUUAUCGAACACAAUCAAGUGGGCGAGCAUCACCGGCGGAUGUACAGUAAGACGGCGUGAGACCGAGAAUUCUCCUAACGGAAAAAAAAAAAAAAAACAUUGAUAUUGAUAUUGAAAUGAGCUUUUUCAAUCUAGACCGUUUCCGUUUCCAAAGGGACAACGCAGAAGACAGUCACUGUAAAUCGUCGGAUGGAUCCAACUCGGAUAAGGAGAAUAAACGGGCCCACCAAAGAAAGACAGAUGGUCGAUGUGCAUCAGGCAAGGCAUCAAGACAUGCAUUAGAGGAUGUUUCUGCAGAUGACAAAGUUGUCAGGAUGAGCAAGGAUACAACAUCAGAGUCCAAGAACCAGAUAAGCAAGGAUAUGGAGGACAAAAUAAUUAAACUACUGGAAAUAUUCCCUCAGAAGAGCAAGAAAGAUCUACUGGAGGUAGUUGAAAGCACCAGCACACUGGAGGGAGCUAUAGCACAUUGUUUGAUGAUUUAUGGAGAUGACGAUUCAGGCAGACGGAAAGGCAAAGCAGGGCAUAGUGAAGAUGAUGAUAACGAUCAGCCAAUGAAGAGGAGAAAAAUUGUGCAUUCAGAAUCUGAAGAGGAGGAGGAGGAGGAAGAAGAUUCUGAUGAUGAUGAUGAGGAGGAGAGUCAGGAGCCAAGCAGAGAGAGACAAGAGGCUCUGUUGAAGAAGCUGAAGAAGAAACUGCCUGAUAUAGAAAAAGAGGUGCUGAGGGAUGUCCUGAGAGAGCAUGACUGGGACUAUGAGAAUGCCUUGGGUUCACUGCUUGUGUUUUCAUCAACAGAUUCAAGUUCUCCAGAAGAUCAGAGAAAACAAAAGUCAAAAUCAUCUCACUCCAGGGAAAAAAAGGACAAGAGCUCUCAAAAGGCUGACAGCUCGUCUAGCCUAUCAAGAUGGCUGACGGCGUUACCGUCUCCUGUGCCAAAAGUCUCUAGUGUGUCUACUCCAAAAACACAAAAAUCAGCAGUCAGCAAAAGCAUGACCAAAAACACAUCCUUUAAGCGGAAGAGGGACGAUGAAUUGCCAUUAAAUGAUGCUAGUGCCUCUGAGGAUGAAGGAGAGGAGAUUGACAGUGAUGUUGAGAGUAUCUCUGAUGAUCUGGACUCGGAGGAUGAGGACAGCAUCUCGGGCAAUCUCCAGGACAAGAUCAUGCAGUUUCUCCAAGAAGCUUCCCUAGAUGAGCUUGCUCUAAUAUCUGGCUGCUCAAUCAAAAAAGCCCAGAAGAUCAUUUCGCUGAGGCCUUUCAACACUUGGAAAGAUGUGAAAGAGCAGUUCUUCAAGGAUAAUGGCCUUUCUAUAGAUCUGGUAAAUGGCUGCAAGGUUGUGCUUAAGGAGAGGCAGGUGGUUAGAGACCUUAUGGGAAGAUGUGAGAAGAUUGCACAGAAAAUGACUAAAGAUGUUACCCAGGUCAUAGAAGCAGGCAUGGGCUCCAUCAAGCCACCCAAAAUCCUGAACAGCAAUUUCAAACUCCAGCCAUAUCAGCUGAUUGGCUUGAAGUGGCUGAUUCUUCUGCACCAGCACAACCUGAGUGGCAUCCUGGCAGAUGAAAUGGGGCUUGGUAAAACUAUUCAGGCUAUCUCUUUCCUGGCUCAUUUGUAUGAAAAAGGAAUCAAAGGCCCUCAUCUUAUUACCGUACCCUCGUCCACACUGGAUAACUGGGUUCGUGAGCUGGGUCUUUGGUGUCCCAGUCUUAAAGUUCUUAUUUACUAUGGGUCUGUGGAAGACCGCAGAUACUUGCGACAAGACAUCCUCAGUGGCUUAGUUGAAUUCAACAUCAUAGUAUCCACUUACAAUCUCACAAUAGGGAAUGACCAUGAUCGCAGUCUGUUCCGCAAACUGAGGCUGAAGUAUGCUGUGUUUGAUGAGGGUCACAUGCUGAAAAAUAUGAACUCUCUACGCUACCGCCACCUCAUGGCCAUCAAUGCUGAGCACAGAUUGUUGCUGACAGGAACACCUUUACAGAACAACCUGCUGGAGCUCAUGUCACUCCUGAACUUCAUCAUGCCCUCCAUGUUCUCCAGCAGCACCUCACAGAUCUCCAAAAUGUUCUCUACGAGGUCAUCAGAGGAAGAAAGCAGUUUUCACAAGGAAAGAAUUGCACAGGCCAAACUUAUCAUGAAGCCAUUCAUUCUGAGACGAGUCAAGAGAGAGGUGUUGAAACAGCUUCCACCAAAAGUGGAGAACAUUGAAAUGUGUCCCAUGAGUGAUGCCCAACAGAAGCUGUAUGACAGACUUUUCAAAAGACUCAAGAAGGCUCCGAAUGGAGACAAGCGGGAGCUUUGCAAUGUGAUGAUGCAGCUGAGAAAGAUGGCUAAUCAUCCAUUGCUGCACCGCCAGUACUACACCAGUGACAAAUUGGCUGCUAUGAGUAAAGCCAUGCUUAAGGAGCCAACACACUUUGAUGCCGACCCUGCACUGAUCCAGGAGGACAUGGAGGUGAUGUCUGAUUUUGAGCUGCAUAAUUUAUGUAAGCAGUACAGCUCCAUCAGCAGUUUUCAGCUGGAGAACAGGCUCCUCUUAGACUCUGGAAAGUUUGCACUUUUAACCAAAAUACUCACCAGGCUCAAAGAAAAGGGUGAUAGGGUUGUCCUUUUCAGUCAGUUCACCAUGGUGCUGGACAUUGUGGAGUUUCUGCUCAAACACCUUGACCAUCAGUUUGUUCGACUGGAUGGUUCUACUCCCAUGGCGGAGAGGAUUGGUCUCAUCGACAAAUACAAUACAAACCCUGACAUUUUUGUGUUCCUCCUGUCGACUCGGGCUGGGGGGCAGGGAAUCAACCUCGCCUCUGCAAACACAGUGAUACUGCAUGACAUUGAUUGCAAUCCAUUCAAUGAUAAACAAGCAGAGGACCGCUGUCAUCGAAUGGGGCAAACCAGAACAGUGCAGGUGAUCAAGCUCAUCAGCAGAGAUUCGAUUGAGGCCUGCAUGCUCCGUGUGGGACAGGAGAAGCUGAAACUGGAACAGGACAUGACCACUGAUGGAGAAGAGGAUGGUGCUAUGACUGAACAAAUGGCAGAGCUGCUCAAAGUCUCACUGGGCCUUUGAAACCUGAAGAAUGGUAAAGUCAGAGUGGUAGUUGCGUGUGCAUUUCCCUCCACUCGUCAAGUACAAACACAGCAACUUGAAACUGAUUUGAUGUGGAUUUAAGGACUAGCACUUUUUCCCAUGUUCAAAUGUUAGAGGUCAGUUAUUAAAUGCACACAAAUCUUGGACCAAUGUACUGGUGGUAGAGGAGUUUGUUACUCAGGGAUCACCUGAAAUACUCAUGUUAAUAUUCCACACUGGAGAUCUGUGUCAUACGUGCCAUCUGAAAGACUGUACCUCACCUGCCCAGCUCAGUUUAGCCCACACAGGACUGGUGAGUUGGUUCUAGAUUUGUGACCUUAUAGACUAAAGGCACUGCUGCAAAUAACUGGUUAUACUUGUACUGUAACAGUUUUGUUGUUUAUAGUGUGUGUCCUUGUAUUGUUUUCUAAAUAAAGAUAAUAGUCAUUUCCUUAA